AAAAAACAAAACAACAAGAGAAAAGUCUGUCGCUCAUUCCAAACAUCUUUUAUCUUACAUAAUUCAAAAACACAAGUCCCCGCGUUGCGAAUCUCCAUAUUGCGUUACGUAAUAAUGAACACACACGUGGAUAAGGCAAGUGAUCCCCUAUCGUGUUUACAUAGGCACAUUGUGGACUGCUCAGUGUCGGUUGUCGGUCGCGACUCAGCAGUACAUUGUAGCUUUUCCUCGGGGCAAGUCCGGCGCGGUUUAGAGUGCGGAUCGAAGAUGGACGAGUCCGCUGUGAUUAUUCGCGAGGCCAGACGAGAAGAUUGUCAAAGCAUUAUUAAUCUAUCUAAGGAAAUAGCAAAUUUUCACAAGCACUUUAACAGCCCACAAGUGGAUGCCAAAGUUUUGGAAAGAGACACAUUCGACCUGGAAUGUCCGAAUAUGGGUUUCUAUGUUGCAGUAAUCGAUAAUACUGUAAUUGGUUAUGCUCAUUAUUAUUAUACUUAUACUGUACGACUAGGAAGAAAUAUGUGCCUACAGGAUCUUUAUGUACAAGAGAAAUUCCGCAAUCAUCGUGUAGGUGAUAAACUCAUGCAUGCUAUUGCCAAAAAAGCAGUUGAACAAAAUGUCGAUAAAAUGGAAUUUAUAGUUACUGAUUGGAAUCGUGCUAAAAGUUUUUAUAAACGAAAAGGGGCCAUUGAUUACACUGAGAAAGAAAAUUUCCACUUGUACCUAUUUGAUAAAGCUGCCCUUGAGAAAAUGGCAUCAGCAUGAUGAAUCAUUCUCAUCAUUAUAAAAUCAAUUAAGCAGCCGGCAACAUUACUUUAUUUGUAACUGCAUUUGAUCUGUGUAUCAAUUAGAGGAAUUUCAUGUAACUUAUAUGCAAGCUGCAAGUCAAUUU